CAUGGGGUUUUAGAUUCUGACAUGCCUCCCUAUCUUUUUCUUUUCAACAAAUAUAAAAGAACUAGAAAUCUAAAUAUAAACCAGAAGAAAGAAGGGUAAUAAAUCCUCUCUCUCCAACACCCAUGCCAAUCCCACACAAAUAUUGCUCCCUGCUCUGAUCAAUGACGUUUGGAGAUGUGUUCAUCAACAAUGGCUGCCACGCGAAAUUAUCAUCAACCAACUUCCAAGACUUGUGCAGAUGGAAUCUAGAAUCUGCCACGUUGCCUAGGGCCUGAAAAAGGUGUUUGAGGAGAGAGUUUCAUGGGUUGAACUCAAAGAAUAAUGGAUAGCUUAGAGGAAGGUGAAGAAUGUUCCUUUUUUGAUGCACAUGAGCACAUUGCAACAAUGCCUGGUUUAAACUGUAAUGAGAUAGAGAUACAUCACUCAGAUUCCAGUUUUCAUAAUUGGUCGGAGAGUAGCUUCCAAUAUGAUGUAUGGAUUCGUAGCCCACGGAGUGUUGAGGAACGGCGUCGUAAAUUCUUGGAUUCGAUGGGAUUGAGUUUAAAUGGAGUUUCUCGAGAGAAUUCAGUAGAUAGACCGUGUUUGGAAGGAGAAUUUGUUAGGGUUAUGGAAACCAGUGAAGCUGUUUUGAGAACAUCUGGCUUUGAAGAGGAAUUCUCUUCUAGUCGGUCUUCCAUGUCUUGUUGGUCUAAUGAAAAUUUUGCACCAUAUGAGGAGUUGGGUUCGCGAGAUGAUUUUGCGUACAGAGAAGGAAAUAAGGGUGGGGGUGCUUCAUGCGAUGCCGAAGAAAAGGCGAGUGAAGGUUUUGAAAUGAAUGAAUUACAAUCGGUUACAGACAAGAAAUUGAAGAGCCCUCUCGUGGCAUCACCCUCAUUUCUGCAAUUUAGGGAGAAGCAAAAUAAAUUAGAGAGAAUAGCAAAGAGAGUUAAGAACAGGUGGUUGAGUAGAUUGCGUUCAAUAUCAUGUAUGGUGGAUACACAAGUUGAAGAUGAUAGGUUGAGACCCGAUGUAGACGAUUCGAUUUUGAGGACUAAGGUUCAGAGAGUGAAGGUCCACCAAACCAGAAAGAAAACAAAGGAACUUUCUGCACUCUAUAAGGGACAAGAUAUCCAGGCCCAUGAAGGUCCAAUUUUGACUAUGAAGUUCAGUCCUGAUGGGCAGUACCUAGCAAGUGCUGGUGAAGAUGGUGUUGUGAGAGUGUGGCAAGUGGUUGAAGAUCAGAGAUGCAAUGACCUUGACAUUCCUGAAAUAGAUCCUUCCUGCAUAUACUUCACGGUGAAUCACCAUUCUGAAUUGAAACCCCGCUUUGUAGAUAAGGAAAAAGCAGGUAAUUUAAGGAGCCUGAGAAAAACUUCUGAUUCAGCAUGUGUUAUCUUCCCUCCCAAAGUUUUCAGGAUAUUGGAGAAACCAUUACACGAGUUCCACGGGCAUGAUGGUGAUAUCCUGGAUCUCUCAUGGUCAAAGAAAAAUUUUCUGCUGUCUUCCUCUGUUGAUAAAACUGUUCGAAUGUGGCAAGUUGGGUGUGACCAUUGCCUAAGAGUGUUUUCUCAUAGUAAUUAUGUAACAUGUGUUCAGUUUAACCCUGUCGAUGAUAAUUACUUCAUUAGCGGUUCAAUAGAUGGAAAAGUGCGUAUUUGGGCAAUUUCUAGCAGUCAGGUUGUUGAUUGGAGUGAUGUAAGAGAUAUAGUUACUGCAGUGUGUUAUCGUCCAGAUGGACAGGGAGGAGUUGUUGGCUCAAUGACAGGUAGCUGCUGGUUCUACAAUGCGACAGAUAGUCAUUUGCAACUAGAUGCGCAUAUAUACUUAAAUGGGAAAAAGAGGUCACCUUGCAAAAGGAUAACUGGCUUGCAGUUUUUGCCACAAGAUUCAAGUAAAGUAAUGGUUACUUGUGCUGAUUCUCAAGUCAGAAUUCUUCAAGGACUCAAUGUGAUAUGCAAAUACAAGGGAGCAUGUAACAAUGUAAACCAGGCGUUCACAUCAUUAACUCCUGAUGGGAAGCAUAUUGUUUCAGCCUGUGAGGAUGCAAAUGUAUAUAUAUGGAAUUGUGUUGACCAGGAUGAAUGUACUCACUCAAAUGCUAAAGAUAUAAGAUCUUUUGAGCGUUUCUUUGCUAAUGCAUCCAUUGCAAUCCCAUGGUGUGGUAUGAAAUGUGGUAAUGCUGAAAAUGGAAGGCAAUUUGAAGUAUUGAAUGAGAAUUUAUCUGAUAACCUUCCACUGUCCUCACCUUCACAUUUCUCUUUGAGCCAUGAAUACUUUUUGGAGUCUUUUCCCAAAGAAUCUGCGACUUGGCCAGAGGAAAGACUUCCUCCAUCCAGCCCUUUAACUGUGUCAUCUUCCAUGCAUAAAUCCCAAUACAAGUUUCUAAAAACUUCUUGCCAGAGUACAUUUGAAUCUCAUGCAUGGGGUCUUGUUGUAGUAACAGCAGGUAUGGAUGGAAGAAUUAGAUCAUUCCUCAAUUAUGGCUUACCAGUUCCAGUGUGAAAAUACUAGUGGCUCAGUAGAGGCAUCAGAGAGAAAUGUUGCCCACAUUGGGGCUGAUAAACUUUGUUAAGCUUGGAUAGGUUGGCAAGUUAUCUCGAGAUCUGAAAGCAUCAAAUUGUCAUGGCUUGCUCACGACUGCAUGCUUGAUUGGCAUGCACAGUUCAAAUUGACUGUAAAGAACCAAGUGGCUAUUGUUCUAUGGUUGCAAUAAGAUCUUUUUUGGAAUGAGUGACUAAGGUUGGUUUAUCUGAAUAUCCAAGAUGAUUUUAUGUUUGGUUGAUUUGUUACUCGAAAUAUUUGUCUGCCUGCCCCGAAAAGGAUUACACAAGUCUGAGUUAAGAGGAGACAUUUGAGAUCUUAUCAUCUAUAAUGGAGGUGAGGUGCCUGUGGUCUGUGGGUCCUUGCAAACCAUCAUCUUCCUUUUGUUCACACAAAUAGAAGUAGAAAUACAGAGUUGGUGGUUGCAGUUCAUAAAAAAUGGUGGGGAACUUGACCAUUACCGUUUGUUGGUCAGUUUGAAUGAUUGCAUUAUUUGUCUGCCAUUAUGGGUUUGGCCUCAUCGUAGGGUCACUCAAACUCGGUCAUGGAGGUAGAGCUUACUAGGAAUUAGUUUUCUUGGAAAUGAACUUCCCUGCUCAAUCUAGUGCUAUAAUGCAUGCAAUUUUUGUUGCCUUGCAGAGCACAUUUCCAGGCCAUUCUUUCCAUGGCCUAUCUGUUACUAACGAUCGCGUUCGAGAGCUCAAUUGGCUAACACUAUUCUUGCUCCGGUCUAAAAAAAUCCUUCAUUUUCUGCUAACACAAUUCAUACUGUAGAUAAAUUUAGUGUUACUUAUCGGGUUGAUUUUUCACCCAAGUUGAGUGUAUAUAUACACAUACACGUACUGUAGCAUUCAUUGGAUAAAGAACCAAGAAGCUUACUAGCGUUUUGUUUGUUAGAAUCUGGUGCUUUUAGUGUUUUAGUGUUGUUAUUUUGUCGUUUUGUAAUUUUUCGACCAUAUUGGGUAAUAAAAUUUCAAUGUUCAAAUUAUUA